AUGGGUAUCAGGCAGUUUAACGCCGACCUCAGGGCUGCAAUUGACAGUCAUUUCCCUUGUGUCUCCAACCUCCGAAAGGGAGAUUCCGAUGGAGAGAUAACCUUUACAUACACCCCAGAGAAUGAAGCAGCGCCCAUCGCUAUCCAAGCAUUAUCAACAGAGCCGGAAGCCUACCCGAGACACCCAGGAUUCCUGGUUUUUACAUCAUCAGAAGACGGACCAGUCGAGCUGGAAGAGUGGUUGCAAGAAAUUUCCGCAUCGACUAAGGACAAGACUAUCACAGACUUCAUCAACCUGACCUCGAAAAGGCUAGCAACGAAGCUCGAGUCUUCAGAGUCAUCCGAUGGUGAUUCCGCCUUCGAUGACAAUGAAGAAGAGUCAUCCUAUGACGUGGUGUUUGACGAUGAGUUAGGAAUUAACAGUUCGCCGUCCAGAGGGCCAUAUCAAGCGACCUAUACAUCAACAAACCGGUUAAGGCGUCACCUACGGGAAGCAAAGAGAGAAGGACUCCAUGUGUGGAUCCCAACUGAGGGAAGAAGACACGACAGCGGCGUGCACGGAGGGAAAGCACCUGGAGUUUUUCACAUCUUUUCACUCUCCAUCCGCGCCUCUAAACUCAACGUUCCAGAAGAGGCCUUGGGAGCAUGGGGCCUCAAGCCAUCGGAAUACGUUGUUAUGCUGUGCAGGCUACCAUCAGGAUACCCCCCUCUCUCGACCUUUCUGCAAUCUAGCCAAACAGCAUCAGUACAGUUCAAGUUUGGAAAAUGCACCAACCCGAACCCGUCUUACUCUUCUGCGAUACGAGUUUUUGACGGCGAUGACUCAAAAACAUCAGAGGGAGCAAGGAAGGACGAAUCCGAAAGCCCUUUUCUUUCUAUGUACAUGUCGUUGUCUCUCGAUGCUCUUUUAAACACAGACUUCCCACGACUUCUACGGCUGCGCCGAUCUGAGGGAAUAUCGUGGGAUCAAGCACAAGAACUAUGGUUCAGGCUCGGCAGAGGCGACCGUGACCCAGAGAGUGUGCUACAGUCUACCAGCCAAGGUCAGCACGAGAGCUCGGACCGGUUUGAGCUGGAAUUCCUGCAACAAAACUUCUUGGGCGCAGAAGACAUUAAUAUAAUCCUGAUCGCAAUGCAAUUCGGCCUUCAGAGAUUGAUCAAUUGUACGAAGUACUGUCUCGUUUGCAGUCAAAGGAUAGCGGGAGGAUUUGAGGCUAUCAAGCCUUUUGUUUGCGAAGAUUCUCUUUGCCUUUUUCAGUAUCUAUCCCUCGGGUUCUGUCAAAGUAUCGAGUAUGAAAUUAUCAACAACCCCAAUGUCGUGGACCUUCUCAUCAGUUUCUUCUACGCCGCAGUAGCCACUAACUUCACAGUACCCAACAGCUCUUUACGCGAAUUUCCGAAGGGCCUAGGACUCAAGGUUGCUACCUCGGGAUACAACAUACCAAGUGACACUGAACCGACUAUUACAGCAGAGGUUUGUUUUGAAAGCAACACAAUCAGGUUUAACCCCCUUGAUUAUGCCCACUACACAUCGAUCACAGAGGGAAGAUGCAUCACUCUUGUGCUCAAGCAGAGUCUUGUUCCACAGCAACCAAUUAUGCGAGGACUCCAGUCCUGCCAACCGGCUGAAGUUACCUUCAGAGUCAUAUCGACAUACACGGCCACGGCCGCUCGAGUCACUCCUACCAACCCAGUCGAUUCUGCUAACCACUCAACGAAAGCUUGGGAGAGUGUGUUUAUUUACAAGCACGAACAAGACAUUGAUGGACUUGAGAUACAGGAACGCAACCAGGCACUCACUGUCAUAAAGCCAGGGUGGGUUCAGUUUCGCUUUGUGCAAGGGUCUCCCGAAAAAGAAGAAGUAUUUUUAAGAGAGUUGACGGGAACACCGAACAGCAAAAAGCCAUGGCCUACCCUUUUUGCCUGGCACGGUAGCUUUCUUGGAAAUUGGCACAGCAUCAUACGGACCGGCCUUAACUUCUCUGUUAUCACCAACGGGCGUGCAUACGGAAAUGGCGUAUACUUGGCAAAGGAUUUUCAGACAAGCCGAUCAUACUCAUCGCGUGGUGGAGGAAGCAGCUGGCCAAAUUCGGCUCUCAGAAUCACCGAAGCCAUUUCCAUAUGUGAAAUAGUCAACGAUACAGCUCGCUUCGUAUCGACCGACCCCCAUUUUGUUGUCGACCAGAUUGACUGGAUACAAUGCCGUUACCUUUUUAUCAAGGUCGACAUCGAAAAUAGUCAGGCUUCCUCACACGACAAGAACGGUUCUGCGAGCUAUAUUGAACAGGACCCUAGCCAUCAACUGACUUCCAACUCCAAACGGAUCGGGAUCCCCCAAUCAGCCAUACCAAUAUCUCGACGGCGUGUGCUUGGACCGAGACAGAUAUUGGGCUCUUCAAAUGACUUUCCUAUUAUCUUGGACGAGACUGGAGGGGAACCUGAUUUUGAAAGCAACGACGAACUGGACGACCUCCUUGCUUCUGACGACGAGGGCGAAAGCAAAGAUGAGACGGCAGCAGUGACACGGAAGCGGCGACGAAGUUCCAUCGACUCAGGACUUGGAGAUGCACGGCAACCCGACAAUACAACACCUUUUCAGCCUGGCCAGCUUGAUCUGGGUUCACUCCCCAAACUAGUUGAGCCUACCUGGGCUGCAUCGUCUCCAGCAGCUCUUCGAGCACUCAACGGUCAGAUCAAAGAUCUGCAACAGAUUCAGUCAAGUACCAACAUAGCUAUGCUGGGGUGGUACAUUGACUUUGAAAAGCUCGACAACCUGUUUCACUGGAUUGUCGAACUUCACAGCUUUGAUAUGAACCUUGCUCUUGCACAAGACAUGAUCCGUUACGGAUGCUCGAGUAUCGUGUUGGAGGUCCGGUUUGGGGCCUCUUUUCCGAUAUCCCCCCCAUUUGUCCGCGUGAUUCGUCCACGGUUCGUGCCCUUUGCUCAGGGAGGCGGGGGUCAUGUCACCAUGGGGGGUUCCAUAUGCUCAGAGCUGCUCACCAACUCUGGAUGGUCCCCAGCUCUGUCACUGGAGAAAGUGUUUCUUGAAGUCCGAAUGAAUCUAUGCGAGAAGGAUCCACCAGCUCGUAUUGAACAAUCCGCGGGAGUACGCCGUGCCCAGAACGGAAGCCACAUGGACUAUGGCAUGUUUGAGGCUGUUGAUGCGUACCGCCGCGCCGCUACUGCCCACGGUUGGCAAAUCCCCUCCGAUCUCGACAUGUUAAAAUCCAUGUGA